UCAAAAUGACUCGAAUGCUUCAUAAUCACCUGGUAUUCCGCGGUUUGUCUUAUCUGCAAGCGAUGAUGACAAUAUGAAUUAGCCAAUGUUCCAUCGAAGUUGUUAUCAGAGGACGGGCGUGCACACAUACAUUGAAAAAGAAGUUCGUCUACUAGAAAGCUCCCUACUUGGAUGUGCAAUCCGCAAUCCGGGGAGCUUAUUGAUAGGUAUCAUUCGUGCACAGUUUCCCUGAGCAGCCAGUCUGUCAAGUGGUGUCUGUGGUUCGUCAUCUCAGUGCUCCGGUCCGGACUUUCACCUAGUCGCAGUCCUUAAUUUGAAUUUGGAAACUGAUAGUCGGCCUGCAUAGCAAUUUUAAAUCAGUUAAGCCGAGUGAUAGACAACCUUUGAAACAUAAAUAUUGCAAGACACCGCCAUGUCAGCGCCAAUACAGAAAGUUGUGAUCGUUGGUGCCGGUACCAUGGGUUCAGGCAUCGCUAUGGUGGCUGCAGCAACGGGCCACAAUGCCACCUUGAUUGACGUUAGCCAGGAAGUUCUUGACAAAUCCCGUUCUGGAAUCGAGACGAACGCGGCACGUGUAGCGCGUAAACUGUUCAAAGAUGAUCCAGAUUCGGCAAGUGGUUUCGUAGCCGAUGCCUUGGCUAGAAUAACCUAUAGCACCAAUCUGGAGGAGUGUGUUGCCUCUGCGGAUUUGGUGAUCGAAGCGAUUGUAGAAAAUAUGAAAAUCAAACAAGAUCUGUUCAGACGGAUUGACAGUGUCGCCCCCGAACACGUGAUCUUCGCCAGCAAUACGUCAUCGUUGUCGAUCGUCGAAAUGGGUUCAGUAACGAAGCGGCAGGAUCGCUUCGCCGGCUUCCAUUUCUUCAAUCCGGUUCCGGUGAUGAAACUGAUAGAAGUGAUUAAAACGGAUAAAACUUCCGCAGACACCCAUGGUCGCCUGAUGGCGUUUGGUCGGGCCUUGGGGAAAACUUGCAUUACCUGCAAGGACACGCCCGGAUUCAUUGUGAAUCGUCUAUUGUUCACAUUGACAUCGGAAGCAUUGAGUAUGCUAGAGCGAGGUGACGCCGAAGUACGGGAUAUCGACACGGCACUGAAACUGGGACUGGGACAUCCGAUUGGACCGUUCGAACUGAUGGACAUGGUGGGGCUGGACGUUACUUUGUAUAUAAUGAAGGAACGUGAAGCUCGCUUACCGAAUGAUCCGGCAGCGAAGGCAAGUCCGACUUUGGUAAAGAUGGUUGCGGAGAACAAACUUGGCGUUAAAAGUGGUCAGGGAUUCUACAGCUAUAAAUAAUAUGGCAUUGAUAUUCGGAAACAUGGUGCAGGAAACUUAUUGAUUAUGUGGGAUGGUGCAUGGGGUUUUUAUGUUCUCAUUACGAAAAAAAAUCGGUGAAAUAGAACAAAUUUUGUUGAUCUAAUCAA